AUGUCACACCUAGAGGACACCAUCCAUCACCUGCAUCCUGGUGACCCCGGAUCAAUGCCCGAGAAAACCGAGAAAGCGCCAUCCCAGCACUCAAACCUAUCUUCCGAAUUUGUCACAGAUAUCCAUCGCGGCACUAUUUUGGGAAAUGAUGUCCACGCUGGACUGCAACGUAGACUCGGCAAUCGACAGAUACAGCUUGUCGCCAUAGGUGGUUCCAUUGGAACUGCCAUAUUCGUGACCAUCGGAGACGCACUCCGUAAAUCAGGCCCUGGUGGUCUAUUGCUAGCAUUUUUGAUCUACAAUGUCAUGCUCGCUAUGGUCAACAACUCCAUGGCGGAGAUGUCGACAUACAUGCCCGUGAGCGGUGGGUUCAUCUAUCUAGCCGGCAAAUGGGUCGACGAUGCGCUAGGCUUCAUGGUCGGGUGGAACUUCUUCCUCUAUGAAGCCAUCAUGAUCCCCUUCGAAAUCACGGCAAUUAAUAUGGUGCUGUCCUUCUGGCGUAACGAUAUCCCCCCUGCGGCUGUCUGUGUUGCUUGUAUUGUAAUAUACGCUUGUAUCAAUGCCCUGGCGGUCAAAGGGUAUGGCGAAGCCGAAUUCUGGCUAUCCGGCGGGAAAGUCAUCCUGAUAUUUAUCCUCUUCGCCUUUACCUUUAUCACGAUGGUGGGAGGUAAUCCACAACAUGAUGUCUUCGGAUUCCGUCAUUGGCGCCACCCUGGCCCGUUCGCAGAAUAUCUGCACACAGACAACCUCGGACGAUUCGAAGGCUUCUUAGCCGCUCUCUGGGCGGCUUCCUACACCUGUGUUGGUCCGGAAUACAUCUCGAUGGUAGCUGCCGAAGCAAAGUAUCCUCGUAUCUACGUCAAAAAUGCGUUCAAGACCGCCUACUGGCGAUUCGGGGUCUUCUUCGUAGGAAGUGCUCUUUGCUGCGGUAUCCUAGUCGCCUAUAAUGACCCAACUCUGGUCGCAGUGUACUCGGGUGAGUCUGAGGGUGCAGGAACUGCUGCUGCAUCGCCAUACGUCCUGACCUGGCUCAUGAAUCUGUUGACGGCAGCCGCCAUUAUCGAUUAUAUUGUGAUGUGUGUCACAUAUAUUUGCUUUUAUCGAGCAUGCAAAGCGCAGGGUUUCGACCGUUCCAAGCUUCCUUACAAGGGCUGGUUUCAGCCGUGGUGCGCCAUCAUCGGUCUUCUGUGGAUGACGAUGAUUGUAACUUGUUACGGGUACACCAGCUUUACUCCCUGGGAUGUGACGACCUUUUUCACUCACUAUACGAUGCUCCUAUUUGGAAUCAUUACGUUCGCCGGGUGGAAAUUGUUCAAACGCUCUAGACUAUUGCGCCCAGACGAACUCGAUCUUACUUUAGAUGCUCCUGAUAUCACUGCAUAUGAAGAGGCCGCCAAAAUCAGCAAUCCCCCCAUCGGGUUCUGGGCCGAACUCAUUCAGCCUUUCAGGCCAGGAAGGAAAAAGACACAAGGGGAGCUAGACCAUACCGCUUGA